AUGAUUGCAAAGUCUAUGGCUGUCCCAUUGCUAGAUACGAUUCCUUAUGAUACGAGAAAUACCGUCAAGGAAAGCAUAUAUCGUUUAACAAAUCAGUCUCUUUCAACAGGAUCCAUACUACUAAGUAGCGGCUAA